AUGUCCCCCUUCCCGGGUAUCAAUGGUACUCCACCUUUAUCUAGAUACACCUCAAUACAUUACAGGCUAGGUACCUCAUUGUAUAAUACUCUCUACAGAGUAGAGCAACAACGAAAUGUAUCAUCUGGUAAAGAUAAUCUACUUAAUUGUACUGGAUUACGUGGCCACUACGAAACACCUAAGUAUCCCAUUAUUCUUUGCCAUGGAUUUUCAGGCUUUGACAGAUUGCUCUAUAUUCCUGCACUCAAGUUUUCCAUUGACCUAUCUUCGUUCAGAACAAGAACAGAGAAGAGACAGAGGAAGUCUGAAGUGUUAUAUAAGAAUUUGGUCGAGAAAGAUGACCAAGAACUAGAUGGGAAGACAAAUGUGGAUGCAGAUAGUGAGGACGCUGGAGGUUUACAGCUCUUUGAAUAUUGGCAUGGAAUUAAACAGUCCUUGGAAAAACAGGGAUGCCAAGUAUUGGUAGCCAAGGUACCACCUUUUGCCAAUAUUCAAACGAGAGCCCGUGCUUUGGAUGCCUUUAUCCAAGGAAAGGCCACCAGUUGGCAGAGAAAACACCAUUCAAAGGAGAAAGUUAAGUUUAAUCUAGUAGCACAUUCUAUGGGUGGAAUGGACUGCAGAUAUCUCAUUUCGAAGCUUGAACAUAACAACUAUGAAGUGGUAUCACUCACCACCAUUUCCACCCCUCACAGAGGCACGUACGCGGCAGAUUUUGUCAUGCAGAGAGCUCCAAAAGAGCUCAUCGAUCGUCAUUUCCCCUCUAUACGCCAGCUCACCAGAGAGUACUCUGCAAGAUUUAAUGACAAGGUCAGAGACGAUCCCACUGUCAAGUAUUUUAGCUUUGGUGCUUCUGCCAACCCCAAAUUCUUAAACAUGUACUAUCUACCUUGGUCCCUCAUAUCUGUAGAAGAGGGCCCCAACGAUGGAAUGGUAAGCAUAAAUAGCUGUAAAUGGGGGAAAUACAUGGGAUGUCUUAAUGGAGUAGAUCACAAGCAGUUGAUCAACUGGAUGGGUGGAAUUAAAAGGUUAAAAACCGCUAUUGGAAUACAGGAUAAAGGAUUCAAUCCACCGGCUUUCUAUUUGGACAUCGCAGAUAACUUGGCUAAAAAUGUAUUAUAA